AUGGCAAUUUCAUGGGUCAAUCUGAUCACCCGUCCUGCCCCGCCCUUAUUGGGACGGGUAUGGGAUAAAUUAAUCGGAUAUGGGACGGGUAUGAGAAAGUUUUGUGAAACCCGAAUCAGGUUCAGGGCGGGCAUGUUCAACGCCCUCUCCGGGAUGGGGGAAGGUGGGCAGGUGGACGCCACCGCCGCCAAUAACGCCAACACCGCCCUCUACACCACCUUCGCCAUCUUCGACGUCUUGGGUGGUGGCAUCUACAACAUCCUCGACCCUCAUUUCACCCUAUUCGCUGGUUGCUUAACAUACGUCCUCUACGCCGACUCUUUCCUUUACUACAACCACUACCAGCACCAAGGCUUCGCCAUUGUCGUCGGCGCCAUCCUCGGAAUCGGAGUAGGACUGCUCUGGGCGGGGCAGGGAGCUAUCAUGACGUCGUACCCCCCACCGGGGAGGAAGGGUUCAUACAUAUCGCUGUUUUGGAGUAUCUUCAAUAUGGGGGGCGUCAUCGGCAGGCUCAUCCCCUUCAUUCUGAACUACAACCGGAGCGAGGCUACGUUCGUGAACGAUGAUACUUACAUUGGGUUUAUGUGCUUCAUGUUCGCCGACAUCGUCCUCAUGCUGGCAAUCCUGCACUUGAGCUACGUGGUUCGGGACGACGACAACCACUAUACCAACAUCAAGUACUCCGAUGUGUCGACGGAGACCGUCGAGAUUCUAAAGCUGUUCCGGAAUUGGAAGAUGCUGCUGAUGGUCUCAGCGGACCCCGCCCCGCCCCGAAAACACAUUUGGUAUGGGGAUGGGAUCCCAUUAACCCGCCUAGCCUUGGGUAUGGGACGGGGAUGGGAAAGAGAUUUAUCUAAUUGGGACGAGAAUGGGGUAAGGGUGGCCCCGCCCAAACCCACCCCAUUGCCAAUCCUAACACUUACCUUGAAUUUGAUUUCUUCGAACUAA